AUGAAUCCGCUCGUUUCCCCAGAAUUUCAGGAGUGGGCAAGCACCUCUUCACGCCGUCAAAGCACGGUCUCAACCUCCACCGUGUCGUCCGCAUCCACCAGUAUCCUGUUCCAGAGCCCCGCGACCUCCCCAGGCUCAAGGAAACAAUCAUGGCAGUUGUAUGAAGAUGUGAUACGACUUGAGUUAAAUCCACAUAUGACGAUAUCAUUUGUCAAAAAUGGCCAACUGUUCAAACUACGCUACACAUACAUCGAUGUCUGUAAAGAUUCCACGGGGGCUCUGAAAUGUCUUGAGCUCGGGGGAGGUAUCGGUCAACAAACACCUUUUGUUCAUGCUUUUCAUAAUACGAAGUUACCAGUUCCGCACCUCGAGCAUCCCAAAGAAUCCGAUGACUAUCCUCUCCGAAUUUCGUUCCUUGAAUACCAGACUGUCCAAACUGCGCAGGUGAUCUUCAUGACUCAACUUUCAUAUAAAUUCGAAAACUGGGAAGACUGCGUACAAUUCCAAGAACUUCUACUAUGCUCCAAGAUGAUGUUCAUCGGGGGUAUGGCCGAAGCCAAAUCCAAGGGCCGCGGAGAAGAAUGCAUCAGUCAAAAUCUCCGAAUACUCCGCGGGCAAAAUGGCAAAAGGGUCAUGUUAUUCUUUGCCAAUUCUCAGCGCAAAGAGCUCAAGCGAUACGUGUCAAUUCCACUCAACUGCGUUGCAAAUGUCAAGCCACCUAAAAAGGCAGGACGACCAGUCGUAAUAGAGCUGGACCCCAAUUUUGACAUUCUCAUGAAAAUGCGAAAUCUAACGAUUCAUUUCCUGGACGAUGACGAUUGCAAGAGCUUCUGCCAGCUGCUGUCAACAGAGCUUAUUAUUGGAUGA